UCUUUCUCUUUCCUUUUCUUUAGGAACUUGCACACGAUGCCGUCUGUCGGUGUGAAAGACGUGGACCAGCACGACUUCGUCAGGGACCUAGCCGCCUUUUUCAAAAAGUCGGGCAAGCUGCGUGUCCCUGACUGGGUAGAUGUGGUAAAGACCGGUAUUUACAAAGAACUGGCUCCAUAUGAUGAGGACUGGUUCUACACACGUUGUGCAUCUGUGGCCCGCCACUUGUACAUGCGUGCACCAGCAGGAGUAAAGUCCAUGCGCAAGAUCUACGGUGGCCGGCACCGCAAGGGAGUUCGGCCAUCCCAUUUCUGUGCAGCGUCUGCCAGUGUUUCCCGGAAAGCCCUGCAGGCUCUGGAGGCACUUCGCAUCGUAGAACAGGACCCCAGCGGUGGCCGCAAGCUCACCAGCCAGGGCCGCAAGGACCUUGACCGUAUCGCUGCCCAGCUGAAGCUCAAGAGUGCACAGCAGGCCAAGUGAAAUGUGUCAGCGUGAAUAAACUUUUAUUGUCC